GUGCAAAUAUCUACCAUAUCGUGUUCCUGAGAAACAUUAUUGAGAGGCGUGUCUGUGUAGUAUGCAUAAAUGUUCCAAAGAACGCAGCAUCCCGGCUACAAAAUGCAACAAUAAAAUUAUGAGGGUCCUGGAGAAAACGACAAGAAGCAAACAUCAUGGCAUCUCUUCUCCUCAACCGUACUUCUGGCUUUCUCGCUACAGCCUGUAGCUCCUCUAUGCGGUUUGGAAAUGCUGCGAGGUCGGGCCUUGUGCUCCCUACAUCGAUUUCAUCGAACAUGACAGCUCUACUAUGUUCAGUAGACGGGACAAGCAACGCCACAGGCGCUGGCAUUAAAUCUUCCUCUAGUGGAAGCCUUGGAACGAGUCCUCUGUUCGACGGCCACCUGAGUCCUUUCUGUCGUCAGCAAGUGCGAUUUGGCAACACUCGGAUGUGCACGAAGACGCAACUCCAGCAAGUCUAUUGUAGUUUGCCACUACGACGACGAUGGCGAAAGGCGUUGCAGAAAGGCACAAUGAAGUGGGAUGAAAAGGUUGGGCAGCUGCUAAUGCCAACUCUGGUGAUAGAAGGGCAUGAAAAGGGGAAGAAACCGUACAAGGGCAGACUGGAAAACUGCCGCUCACAGCGAAUUAUGUUUCAAUACUAGAUGUAAUUCGGAGUCGCAGAAGAUGCCUCUGAUGAUAUCUCAUCCGUCACUGUGCGGAUGCGGCAAGGACUAUCACUACAAAAUCGUAACGAUGUGACUUCUACAUGCAGCUUGAAAUUUUGUCCGUAAAAGAGAAUCGACAGUUUGUGCCCGCAAUUUUUGCUCGACACUGCUGCUUCGAGUAU